AUGCCACCCAAGAGAAAGCGCGAUGAGUUCGAGGCAGACGACGGGCGGGAGGCGUUCCGCAACCGAGGGGACCUAGCAAUGUUCCGAUCUGAAAAGAGGUGGGACUUCGCCCUGACCGUAGAUGGCGAGCGACUGUUGCUCCACAAGCAGCUGCUAUUCUCCCGCGUCGGAAAGUUCAGACAGCUGCUGACAGGGGGCAGGAACGGGCUGCCAAAGGACGACAAAGGGCGAACAGAAUACACGGAGAAGGACCACGACGCCAGAUCGGUCCGCCUGAUGGUCGACUUCGUGUACGGGGAGUGGAAGGCCGAGAUCCUCGAGUUCCAGACGGAGAACCAGCCCGUCAUCCAGGACUGCAUCCUGCUCUUCAGGCUGGGGCACAGCUUCGACAUCCCGCGGAUGGCCGCCUACGCCGUCCGGCACCUCGAGAUGUACCUCAGCAGGAAGCUCAGGGACAUCUGCGUCUACCCGCUGCACAGGGCCCUCCAGGCGGCUGGGCGCAAGGAGUUCAUUGAGGACCUUGAGGCCGGCAUCUGGCAGGCGGACGCGGCCCGGCACGGCCCGGUCGAGACCCAGCCCUGGUGCAUGCUCGUCGACUUUGUUGUCGUGGCGGGGCCCGUCCUCCUGCGCGAGCCCAACUUCCACCUGCGCGUCGACGUGGACGUCCUCCCGCCUGCCUUCGUCAAGGAGACCCUGCUGGGGCUCCAUGCGCCCAAGUACCAGACGCCUUGGAUGAGGGGGCUCAGGGUGCGGCCGGCGAGGCUCUCGAGGCCGGUUCCCAAGAAGCGUGGGGGCUGUUCCUGCUGUGGGGUGGGUAUCUUGAGGGAGGAGGCGGCCGUUUUCAACCCCUGGUCUUACCAGAUGCUUGCCCAGAGGUUUCCUCAGCUGUGCUGUGAGGCGUGUGCUGAGAGGAUGGAUCAGGGAGAUGGCAAUGGCGUUGUGUGGGGCAUCUUUGAUGAUGUGAAGGAUGAGUAG